GGAAACUGGGGGAGGGGUGAGGAUGGAGGGAGACUGGGCCGGGAGGCUGUGUCGGACCCGGCCCGCCGGCUUCCGCGGGGCUGAGCGGCAGCGAGGACCGUGGUGGGGACAGCGCUUUUUCUUCCGCCCCGCCCCCUGGGACCACCUCCACUCCCCCCUGCCGUCCGGCGGCGGCUGUCUGGCCCGGGGCUGGUAGCUGGGCUUCCUGAGGCCGCCCUUUGAGGCCUCAGCCUCCUGACCCGCGGAGAGGCCGUCUCCCUGCGGUCACAGCAGGCCCCUCUCAGCGCCCAGCUCUACUUCUCCACGGAGAAAAGGGCCGGUUGGGAUUCCUGGAGUUUCCCGCCAGAGCAGGGUCCUCUCCAAGGGAGAGAGAGAGAGAGAGCUGUUUCCACCAAGAAGUUCAGCUCUCAAUCCCACCUGCUUCACCUUUCUUCUUCUUUGAGACCUGAAUGAUACUUCUCGACUACUUCUGUGUCCCACGCAAACAAUUCUACAACUCUUUUACCCCGUGGUAUUUCCCCGAGAUGCGAUAUCGUUAGUGCCACCACCAGAGAGAAACGUCUGGACUCUUCUGCACAGGUUAUGAAAACUCCCUUAACUGCCACAGUUUUCUUCUUACCUGGCUCAUCACCUCUUGGGUUUUGUAUCUUUGCUAAAGUCAGUGAUGUGAAAAGACCUGAAAUGGACGAUAUUGCCGACGGGAUGAAGAUGGAUGCUGGAGAAGUAACUUUAGUGAACCAUAACUCCACCUUCAAAACCCAUCUCCUGCCACAGUCAUGUUUUCCAGAGGACCAGCUCUCACUUUCUGACCAGCAGAUCCUGCCUUCCAGGCAGGGGACUUUGGACAGAUCUUCCACGUGUUCUACAAGAAGUGUAACUUAUAAUCCAGAUUAUUAUUCAGGAUUCUUUGUCAGCAAGAUGAGAUCUCCUCCCCUAAAAAGACAUAACCCUUCCUCAGACAGUUUCCUUGGCUCAGAUGACACAAGAACCUUUGGUCAAAGUGUAAAUGGACAGUGGAGAAAUUCCACUCCAGCAUCAGUCUCAACAUUACAAAAAUCAAGAAAUAGCAGAAGUCUUUACCUCGAAACCCGAAAGACCUCAAGUGGAUUAUCAAACACCUUUACAGGAAAGUCAAAUCAUCACUGCCAUGUGUCUGCAUAUGAAAAGUCAUUUCCUAUUAAGCCUGUCCCAAGUCCAUCCUGGAGUGGUUCAUGUCGUCGAAGUCUUUUAAGCCCUAAGAAAAUUCAGAGGCGGCAUUUCAGCACAGUAGAAGAGACAGUUCAAGAGGAAGAAAAGGAGAUCUACAGGCAGCUGCUGCAAGUGGUCACAGGGAAACAGUUCUCUGUAGCCAAGCCCACCACACAUUUCCCUUUGCAUCUAUCUCGGUGUCUUAGUUCCAGUAAAAACUUUUUGAAAGACUCACUGUUGAGAAAUGGAAACUCUUGUGCAUCUCAUGUCAUUGGCUCUGAUACUUCAUCCUCUGGAUCAGCCAGCAUUUUAACUGCACAGGAUCAGUUGUCCCACAAUGCGCGUUCCCUAUUGUCCUAUACCCCAGAUGCUGCAUUUGGAUCCAGAGACUCUGAUCCUCAACAUCCGUCUCACCAUCACCUUUCUACUCCACAUCAGCCAGAUAACUUGCCAGCAUCAAAUACUCAAUCUGAAGGAUCAGAUUCUGUGAUUUUACUCAAAGUGAAAGAAUCUCAAACUCCAGCUUCCAGUUCUAAUUUCUUCCAAGCAGAGCUAUGGAUCAAAGAAUUAACUAGCGUUUAUGAUUCUCGAGCCCGGGAAAGAUUGCGCCAGAUUGAAGAACAGAAAGCCCUAGCACUACAGCUUCAAAACCAGAGAUUGCAGGAACAGGAACAUGCAGUACUUGAUUCCAUAGAGCUACACCUUCGGGUACCUCUUGAGAAGGAGAUUCCUGUCACAGUUGCCCAGGAAACCGGGAAAAAAAGUCAUGAGUUAACUGAUAAUGAAGAUGAAUUUCCAGAAAUUACAGAGGAAAUGGAGAAAGAAAUAAAGAAUGUAUUUCGUACUGGUAACCAAGAUGAAGUCCUCAGUGAAGCGUUCCGAUUGACUAUUACACGAAAAGAUAUUCAAACUCUAAACCAUCUAAAUUGGCUCAAUGAUGAGAUCAUCAAUUUCUACAUGAAUAUGCUAAUGGAACGCAGUAAAGAGAAGGGAUUUCCGAGUGUACAUGCAUUUAAUACCUUUUUCUUCACUAAGUUAAAAACAGCUGGUUAUCAGGCAGUGAAACGUUGGACAAAGAAAGUGGAUGUGUUUUCUGUUGACAUUCUUCUGGUGCCCAUUCACUUGGGUGUGCACUGGUGUCUUGCUGUCAUAGACUUUAGAAAGAAGAAUGUCACCUACUAUGAUUCUAUGGGUGGAAUAAACAAUGAAGCCUGCAGGAUCCUCUUGCAAUACCUAAAGCAAGAAAGUAUUGACAAGAAAAGGAAAGAGUUUGACACCAAUGGCUGGCAGCUCUUCAGCAAGAAAAGCCAGGAAAUUCCACAGCAGAUGAAUGGAAGUGACUGUGGGAUGUUUGCUUGCAAAUAUGCUGACUGUAUUACCAAAGACAGACCAAUCAACUUCACACAGCAACACAUGCCAUAUUUCCGGAAGCGAAUGGUCUGGGAGAUCCUCCACCGGAAGCUCUUGUGAAGACUGUCUCAGAGAGCAGACAUGACAGUGUGGGGGACCAGCCCUUUGCCAUCUACAGCCAGAGACCUUGGGACAGCUGCCCCUUACCCUGUUGGUGUGCCACCCUUGAUCCUGGAGCAGCCCAGGCGAGACGCACUCACAAGCACAUCUGCCUUUCCUUUUGUAUCUCAGAUACUAUUUUUGCAAAGAAACUUUGGUGCUGUGAAAGGGGUGAGGGACAUCCCUAGGCUGGAGAGAGACUGCGUUUCACCUCAGCUCUGCCGUCUUGUUUCCAAAGGGCUCCAGCCUCACUGAGUCCCUAAUUAAGAGCCCAAGGAAAACUUGGAAAGAAUCUUGGCUUCUUAUAAACUCUUGUUGCUAGGCCUUACCAAGAAGUAGGAAAGGGCAUGGACAGCAGAUAGACUAAAAACACCAGCAUGUAGACACACAUAUGAUUCCCAAGAUGCAGAGUUAGGAAUGGGACUGUAGACUGGACUUUGAGGCACGAGCUUAACUCCCCGCCUCCAGUACCCUUCCUAUUUAUAUGCCCUGAUGUGAAACCCAACUGCUUCUCCUCAAAGCUGUUUUAUCACUGGCAGUGUCAUCCCAUUGUGAGCACAGUGCACAUACCCUGGCAGACCCUAAAGUCGAAAGCAGGCCUUCCCUUACAAGCAGGGGUUUGCUUGUGCUAGCGCAUGUGCUGUGGGGAGGACCCACCCAGAUGUGCUGAGUGCAGCAACAGAGCCUUGGUCUUCAGCAUCAGGUACCAGAGGUGGAUGAAUACAGGUCUAGGUGGUCUGUGGCUAGUUAGUUUAAAUAUGUUUCUAACCACAGAGAAUUUUAUAUACAUAAAUACCUAUCUAUAUGUGUGUAUACAUUCAUUUAUACACACACGUGUGAAAUAUAUAUUUCACAGGGAUAUGCUUUUAAAAGAAAAGAAAAGACUGAAUGUGUUCACCAUUUAGUCUGUAGGUUUAUUUUCAUUUUUCAAAUUACAGUACACAGUGAUCCCAACAACUGCUACAUAUCAAGUGUUUGUAGACUUCCUAAGAAUAUUUUGAGGCCUGGAUAAAUUUUGGCUUAGGAGUAAGGGUUAUCAAGGUAAA